UGAUGGCGGGGGACACGGAGACCGCCGGAGGACAGGGGUGCUGCUACUGACCCAGGCGUCCCCCUUCUGCUGGGCCGGUGCCGCUGGCCACGUUGCCGUAGGUGACCUUCCUCGGAUGUGGACUUGCCCCUGAGCAUCCUUCCGCCAGGCCCUAGCCUGGGUACCACCCGCGAGAUGCCAGCCUGCAUCCAGGCCUUUGUGUCUCAGUGACAGCGCGGAACCGCCGCCGAGAUCCUUUUCUGGGGUCACCUAGGCUUCCAGCUGGCUUCUCUUUCCAGCUUCCAUGGGGACCACUGAAGCCACACUGAGGAUGGAAAACGUGGACGUGAGGGAUGAGUGGCAGGAUGAGGAUCUGCCCAGACCGCUCCCUGAAGACUCUGGGGUGGAGCUGCUGGGCGGUGCAGCGGAAGACUCCUCCUCACCUCCCUGCACCCUGAACUUGAGUGGAGCACAUCGGAAGAGAAAGACCCUGGUGGCCCCAGAGAUCAACAUCUCCCUGGACCAGAGUGAGGGUUCCCUGCUGUCCGACGACUUCCUGGACACCCCAGAUGACCUGGACAUCAAUGUGGAUGACAUCGAGACACCAGACGAGACAGACUCACUGGAGUUCCUGGGGAAUGGCAAUGACCUUGAGUGGGAAGAUGACACUCCGGUGGCCACCGCCAAGAACAUGCCCGGUGACAGCGCGGACCUGUUUGGGGACAGUACGGAUGAUGGCAGCGCAGCCAACGGUCGCCUAUGGCGGACUGUCAUUAUUGGGGAGCAGGAACACCGCAUCGACCUGCACAUGAUCCGGCCGUACAUGAAAGUGGUCACCCACGGAGGGUACUACGGGGAAGGUCUCAAUGCCAUCAUUGUCUUCGCGGCCUGCUUCCUUCCAGAUAGCAGCUCUCCUGACUAUCACUACAUCAUGGAGAAUCUCUUCCUAUACGUCAUCAGCAGCCUAGAACUGCUUGUUGCGGAGGACUACAUGAUCGUGUACCUGAACGGGGCCACGCCCCGGCGGAGGAUGCCUGGCAUUGGCUGGCUGAAGAAGUGUUACCACAUGAUUGACAGGAGACUGCGGAAGAACCUGAAGUCCCUGAUCAUCGUGCACCCCUCCUGGUUCAUCCGCACCGUACUUGCCAUCUCCCGGCCCUUCAUCAGUGUCAAGUUCAUCAGUAAGAUCCAGUAUGUGCACAGCCUGGAGGAACUGGAGAAACUCAUCCCCAUGGAGCACGUGCAGCUGCCAGAGUGUGUCCUGCAGUACGAAGAACAGAGACUCAGAGCCAAGAGAGAGAGCGCACGGCCUACACAGUCAGAUUUCCUCAUUCCCAGAUCCGAUGGAAGACCAGAGGCAGUGGAAGAAGAGGAUGGCUCAGCGGAAGUGACAGAAGACCAGGAAACAAGCAUGUCCUGACUUAACCAGGACCUA